AUGGCUCCACCACUUACGAGGAUCGGUCUUGCCGGACUUGCUGUUAUGGGCCAAAAUCUUGCACUCAAUAUUGCUGACAAAGGAUUCCCCAUUUCCGUUUAUAACCGAACAACAUCAAAGGUUGAUGAAACUGUCGAACGAGCAAAACAAGAAGGAAAUCUUCCACUAUACGGCUUCCAUGACCCUGAAGCCUUUGUUAACUCCAUUCAAAAACCGAGAGUGAUAAUAAUGCUUGUUAAGGCCGGUGCACCUGUCGACCAGACCAUCAAGACCCUAUCUAGGUACAUGGAAAAAGGUGAUUGUAUCAUUGAUGGAGGUAAUGAAUGGUACGAGAACACCGAGAGGAGGGAGAAAGAGGUGGCCGAAUUGGGUCUGCUCUACCUUGGGAUGGGAGUUUCAGGUGGCGAGGAGGGUGCUCGACGUGGUCCUUCUAUGAUGCCUGGUGGUUCUAUCGAGGCUUACAAAUACAUUGAAGAUAUUCUUCUCAAGGUGGCAGCUCAAGUUCCUGAUAGUGGCCCCUGUGUGACGUAUAUUGGUAAAGGUGGAUCCGGUAAUUUCGUGAAGAUGAUUCAUAAUGGAAUUGAAUAUGGUGACAUGCAGCUGAUUGCCGAGGCUUAUGAUGUGCUGAAGUCGGUUGGGAAGUUGACAAACGAGGAACUACAAAGUGCAUUUACAGAAUGGAACAAGGGAGAGCUUCUGAGUUUCUUGAUUGAAAUCACUGCGGAUAUAUUUGGAAUCAAGGAUGAUAAAGGUGACGGAUAUCUUGUCGACAAGGUCCUUGACAAAACUGGAAUGAAGGGUACCGGUAAGUGGACUGUUCAGCAAGCCGCUGAAUUAUCGGUUGCUGCUCCCACCAUUGAAGCUUCAUUGGAUGCUAGGUUCCUUAGUGGUUUGAAAGACGAAAGAGUCGAAGCUGCAAAGAUCUUUAAAUCAGGCGGCUUUAGUGAUAUCUCGAUCAACCAACAUGUAGACAAGAAGCAGUUGAUUGAUGACGUUAGAAAGGCUCUUUACGCAGCCAAGAUCUGCAGUUACGCACAAGGAAUGAAUCUGAUCCGUGCAAAGAGUGCUGAAAAGGGUUGGGGCUUAGAAUUGGGUGAACUCGCCCGUAUCUGGAAAGGAGGCUGCAUCAUUAGAGCUAUAUUCUUAGACCGAAUCAAACAAGCGUACGACAGAAACCCCAAUUUGGCAAACCUUCUCGUCGAUCCAGAGUUCGCAAAGGAAAUAAUCGAUCGCCAACCUGCAUGGAGAAGAGUUGUUUGCCUUGCUGUCAAUUCUGGUAUCAGCAUUCCAGGUAUGUCUGCUAGUCUUGCUUAUUUCGACACUUACAGAAGGGAAAGGUUGCCUGCUAAUUUGGUGCAAGCUCAACGAGACUAUUUCGGUGCUCAUACUUAUGAAAGGACUGAUAUCGACGGGUCUUACCAUACCGAGUGGUUCAAGCUUGCCAAGCAGUCAAGAAUUUAG